AUGUUUUCGUCAUUGAAGAGUCUGUUCGACGGAAAGGGAAGCAGCGAGAAUUUGACUAAUGCUUCAAAAUCGUCGCUUGAUGAGAAGACUUCUCAAGUUGUGCGCUCCAAUUUCGACAAGUUGGCAGAAAAUGGCAAUAUUGCAAUUUCAAAGUUUGCCUAUGCUACUAGCUUGCCUGGCAAUGUGGUGAACGUGCUUUUCUUCCAACAUCAAGACAUCACAUUCGAGGGUGUCGCAACUCUGAUCUCUAUUAUAUGUACCAUACCGUCAACUACAUCAAACUCGGCAGGACUUGUACCGAACUCGUCUCGUGAAAGGUGCAACUCUUUGGAAGCCAAAGGUGUAUCUACUCCCAGUCUGCUAUCAGCUCUAUGCGGGAUCGACACCAAACCUACAGCCGACUACAUCAACCCAUGCACCGAUGAACUCAUAAACAAAGUCCCCGAUAUAUUACGGCCCAUAUCGAACGCAUUGGAAGCCGUAUUUCUGAAAUCCACCUCCCCUUCACCAUAUCGGGAUGUAAUGGUCGAUGGAGCAUCGAGUAUGGAUGGAAACACUAAGUUCUUCUUAUCUGCUGCUUUGUAUGGGAGAGAUCAACGUGUAUGGUCGUUGCUGUAUUCAGCAAAGGAUGACGGGUUUAGCAUGAACCGAUUCGAAUUUGGAUGUUUCAAGUAUUCUGCACCAACGUUUACACUGGUGUAUGGAACUGUGACGAAGGCAUCCUCUUGCAUCACAAACAAAGUUGGGAAACGUAUUGUCGUAGGGGCUUACCUAGACACCGCAUGGAGCAAAUCCAAACACACAUUCGGAGGCGAAAAGUCUCUCCUCUUCUUCAUAUCACCAAUACCAUGUAUAUGUCGCAUGAUCCUAAGCCCAAAAGGACAGCAACAACCAGCUUGGGUUUCUUCAGGCGGGGUUGGCUUUGGAUCUCGAUACCAGGAUGUGAAAGCAGCUCGACUGUAUAUUGACUUCAAUACAGGUGUCAUACGGAGCGGAAGCAUACUAGACACACCUGUAUUUGAAAAUUUUGAUAUACCGCGCGUAUCGUCGUCCGAAGAAUGGGAAGUCAACUUUGAGGUGGAUCAAGUUGAGGUAUUUGGUUUAGGGGCGCCGUCAGCAAAGGCUGUGCAGGAACGUGAGAGGAGAUUUGAGGCCAAAGAUGCCGAACGCCGUCAAAAUGUAAAUGUGCGAGAUACGGGUAUGGACAAGACUAUUUUGGAGUUGGCUGGUGUACACAGUUUCUCCACAGAUUGA